UAAACAGAGAGAGCGAGGGCACACUUCUGCUAUCACUAGGAUGUGUGUGCUUUGAACUGCGUAUGCAAGCCAGACAACACGACUCAAAAAUGAUAACUUGGUGAAACGAACACUUGCAAGCACACCCGGAAAGAAGAGUUCCUUCCCUGUGGUCACCUACAUACAGCCACUGCCUCUAAUUGACUGCCCACUAAAGAAAGACCUGCAUAGCGGACUACGGCUCAAGAAAAAGGGCAGAACGGUUCCUAUUCUCCCAGCUGAAAGCCCCCUCAAACACCUGACCCUGAUGGGGGAGACUGCCUGAAACACUCCCUCCCUCCUUUGUCCGACAAGGAGCCGACCUGUAGCAGGGAGGAGGAGGAGUGGGAGGAGAGGAGGAGAGGGAGAAGAGGAGGUGGUGGUCCCGGAGGAGGAGGAGGUGGUGGUGGAGGAGGAGGAGGACGCAGGGAGGCGGCGGAGCGGCGCUAGUAGCGGCAGCAGCAGCAGCAGGAGCAGCAUGUCGUCCAACAGGAACCCCAACCCUCACGGGCUCAAGCAGAUCGGGCUGGACCAGAUCUGGGACGACCUACGGGCUGGCAUCCAGCAGGUCUACACCCGGCAGAGCAUGGCCAAGUCCCGCUACAUGGAACUCUACACACAUGUUUAUAAUUACUGCACAAGCGUCCACCAGUCCAACCAGGCGCGCGGGGCCGGUGUGCCCACCUCCAAGCCCUCUAAGAAGACGCCCACGCCGGGGGGAGCCCAGUUCGUAGGCCUGGAGCUCUACAAGAGACUGAAGGAAUUCCUCAAGAACUACUUGACAAACCUCCUCAAGGAUGGGGAAGACCUGAUGGAUGAGAGUGUUCUGAAGUUUUACACGCAGCAGUGGGAGGACUACCGCUUCUCCAGUAAAGUGCUGAACGGCAUCUGUGCCUACCUCAACAGACACUGGGUGCGGCGGGAGUGCGACGAGGGACGCAAGGGCAUCUACGAGAUCUACUCGCUGGCAUUGGUUACAUGGAGAGAUUGUCUGUUCCGACCUCUAAACAAGCAGGUGACCAAUGCCGUGUUGAAGCUGAUUGAGAAGGAGCGUAAUGGAGAGACCAUCAACACUCGCCUCAUCAGCGGAGUCGUCCAGUCAUACGUGGAGCUGGGUCUGAAUGAAGACGAUGCCUUUGCCAAGGGCCCCACCUUAUCCGUGUACAAAGAGUACUUUGAGAGCCAGUUCCUGGCCGACACCGAGCGCUUCUACACAAGGGAAAGCACAGAGUUCCUGCAACAAAACCCCGUCACAGAAUACAUGAAGAAGGCGGAGACGAGGCUGUUGGACGAGCAGCGUCGCGUGCAGGUGUAUCUCCACGAGAGCACUCAGGAUGAACUAGCACGCAAGUGUGAACAGGUGCUCAUCGAGAAACACCUGGAGAUCUUCCACACAGAGUUCCAGAACCUCCUGGAUGCAGACAAGAAUGAAGACCUGGGCCGUAUGUACAACCUGGUGUCCCGCAUCACUGACGGCCUGGGAGAGCUGAAGAAGUUGCUUGAGACCCACAUCCACAACCAGGGCCUGGCCGCCAUCGAGAAGUGUGGUGACGCAGCUCUCAACGAUCCCAAAAUGUAUGUGCAGACCAUACUGGACGUGCACAAGAAAUACAACGCCCUGGUGAUGUCGGCAUUCAACAACGACGCAGGCUUUGUCGCAGCACUAGAUAAGGCGUGUGGGCGGUUCAUUAAUAACAAUGCGGUGACCAGGAUGGCGCAGUCCUCCAGCAAGUCCCCAGAGCUGCUGGCCAGAUACUGUGACUCGCUGCUCAAGAAGAGUUCAAAGAAUCCAGAGGAGGCCGAACUGGAGGACACUCUGAACCAAGUGAUGGUGGUUUUCAAGUACAUCGAGGACAAGGACGUCUUCCAGAAGUUCUAUGCCAAGAUGCUGGCCAAGAGGCUGGUCCACCAGAACAGCGCCAGCGAUGACGCCGAGGCCAGCAUGAUCUCCAAACUUAAGCAAGCGUGUGGUUUUGAGUACACGUCCAAGCUGCAGCGCAUGUUCCAGGAUAUCGGGGUCAGCAAAGAUCUGAACGAGCAGUUCAAGAAGCACCUCACCAACUCUGAGCCUCUAGACUUGGAUUUCAGCAUCCAGGUGCUCAGCUCUGGUUCCUGGCCCUUCCAGCAGUCCUGCACUUUUGCUUUACCGUCCGAGCUGGAACGAAGUUACCAAAGAUUCACAGCCUUCUACGCCAGUAGGCACAGCGGCCGCAAGCUGACCUGGCUCUACCACCUGUCCAAAGGGGAGCUGGUCACCAACUGCUUCAAGAACAGAUACACCCUGCAGGCGUCCACAUUCCAGAUGGCCAUCCUGCUUCAGUUCAACACGGAGGACACGUACACUGUACAGCAGCUGGCAGACAGCACACAGAUCAAGAUGGAUAUUUUGGUGCAAGUGUUGCAGAUUCUUCUCAAGUCCAAGCUGCUGGUCCUGGAGGAUGAGAAUGCCAAUGUGGAUGAGGUGGACUUCAAGCCUGAAACCAUGAUCAAACUAUUUCUGGGAUACAAGAAUAAGAAGCUGCGUGUGAAUAUCAACGUGCCCAUGAAGACCGAACAGAAGCAGGAGCAGGAGACCACUCACAAGAACAUCGAGGAGGACCGCAAACUCCUCAUACAGGCUGCUAUCGUGCGCAUCAUGAAGAUGAGGAAGGUCCUGAAGCAUCAGCAGCUGUUGGCAGAGGUCCUCAACCAGCUCUCUUCACGCUUCAAACCCCGCGUCCCCGUCAUCAAGAAAUGCAUCGACAUCCUGAUCGAGAAGGAGUACCUGGAACGCGUGGACGGAGAGAAGGACACCUACAGCUACCUGGCCUAAACCUUUUAACCAUUUAUUUUUCAAGUUUUGUUUUAUUUCCAGUUUAUUAUUUUCAAAACGUUUCUCAAGUUAAGGAAAGAAGGAAAAACAAAAUAAAAUCCCCUCCACCUCGAGACUCCACUCGCUCGGUUGUUCAGUGUUGCAAAGGAAUGUUGUGGUGUGUGUCCGAUCCAAGAGGAACUUCUUCCUUCCGUCUCUUUUUAUCCAGGAUGUUUUGUGUUCAAAUCCCUCUACAUGCUGCUGCUGACCCACGCACAGCGGCAGUGCUGGACCCCCCCUGCCCACACAGAAAGUUGAGGGUUUGGAUCUGCCCGCCUGUAGGGGUGAGGGUCCGGAACCCUUGCCUACCUGUAGGGGUGAGGCCUUCGAUCUUAUGCCCGUACUUUUAUGAUGGAAGAUUUGGACCUCCUCCUACUCGAAGGAUGACUGAAGGUUUGGAUCUCAUGCCCAUCUGUAAGGGUAAAGUUUCGGACUUCAUGUCUACCCAGAGGGUGGUUCCACUAUGGGGGGCAUGAGGGUUCGUGCUGCCAGUCUACACCUGCCCUGCCCACCCCCGUCCUUGCCCCCCUUAUGCCCAGCGCAUCGCACCCAUUCAGCAUCCCUUGCUGACCGCCCCCCCCUCCCCUCGAACUGCUCAGGACUACCACAAAUGCACCGAUCAUCUGUACAUAUGUACAUGGACCGCCGCCUCCCACACACAAACAGACACAGACGGACACAAUACUCAACACUCACCCCUGUCCAGCACCCUCCCCACCCCCAUUUACAAUCCCAAUACUCGCCCUGGACCACCACCCUCCCCCUCCUCACACCUGCCACCACCAGCCCCCAUCUGCAAUCCCAAACCCAUGAGCUGGGUUGCAUGCUACUGCCUAUCAGUGAAAAGAAACUUUAAAAAAACAAAACAAAGUUUAGAAAUGAAUUGAAGUCAUGUGGCUGCCUCUGAAGACUAUAGGCUGCUGCUGUCGCCACCGUCGGCACGGACAGGGCAUGAGAGCAGGAAUGGUUUAAAAUGUUUAAAAGAACAAAAACGUGAAUUGAGUUUCCUUUCUUUUUGCAGCACUUUUAAGUCCGAUUUAGGCCGUUAGAAAACCGUAAUCUGAAUUUGUUAACUUGCUUCAAGGAAAAAAACAACCCAUUUGUAUAGUGUGGUUCAUUUUUUAUGUGUUAAAUAAAGAAAAACCUUUAUGUA